CGCCCACAGGGCUCGCAGAUUCGCGAGGCCAGCUCCUCAGAAUUACUCGCGCCCCACCAUACUCGGCCGAAAAUUCUCUUCCGACUGCAACAGGAGCUUUAAGCCGCAGCCACUUCCCGUGGGUCGGAAUGGGGCAGGCCCCUCAGUUGUGCUAGGAAGACAGAUCCAGGAAAAGUGGCUGACUCUGCCAACAGGGCUUGGCUAGCCAGACAUUAUUUUCUCGACUCCAUCAAGACGGGUGAAGGGAAGCGACAGCUGAGGCUAGGACCGGUGGCGAAUCUGCAGCUUCUCAUAACUUCGGCCGUGCGAGGAAGGGGUAGGGAAGAGGAGCAAAGGAGCGCGCACCCAGUCUACAUAGUCGCCCCGCCCGCCUGACGAAUCUGCGCCCGUUCAACGCGCCACUCAAAUCUCUCAAGCGCUGGCUGGCCUCCUCCCCUCCGCCCCGCCCCCUUUUCCUCGGGGACUAGUCGCUGCUUUCGUCGCCGCCGAUUCGUCAAGGACCCAAAGCCAGAGCAGCUGGAUAGUCGUGAAGUCCACUCUCCGGGGGAUGCGGCCAAUACCCAGGCUCCCUAGGCCACGACUCCUGAGCCUUAUAGGGCGCCAGCCGAGGCGAAGCUGCUGUCCUUGGCCCCGUGGGUCUCUCGGCGGCGUCCGUGGCGAAAGUGCGAAUGUGGACGCUGUGCCCGCUGGGCCUCACGCAGUGUAAAUGAGCAAAGAUGGAUCAAGAAGGUGGGGGAGAUGGGCAGAAGGCCCCGAGCUUCCAGUGGCGGAACUACAAGCUCAUCGUGGAUCCUGCCUUGGACCCUGCCCUGCGCAGGCCUUCUCAAAAGGUGUACCGCUAUGAUGGAAUCCACUUCAGUGUCAACGACUCAAAGUACCUACCGGUCGAAGACCUUCAAGAUCCCCGUUGCCAUGUCAGGUCCAAAAACAGAGACUUUUCCCUCCCAGUCCCUAAGUUUAAGCUGGAUGAAUUCUAUAUCGGACAAAUCCCAUUGAAGGAAGUAACUUUUGCAAGACUGAAUGACAAUGUGCGAGAGACCUUCCUGAAGGAUAUGUGCCGGAAGUAUGGUGAGGUGGAGGAGGUAGAGAUCCUUCUUCACCCCCGUACUCGCAAGCACCUGGGCCUGGCCCGCGUGCUCUUCACCAGCACUCGGGGAGCCAAGGAAACCGUCAAAAACCUCCACCUUACCUCUGUCAUGGGCAAUAUCAUCCAUGCCCAGCUUGACAUCAAAGGACAACAACGAAUGAAGUACUAUGAACUGAUUGUCAAUGGCUCCUACACCCCUCAGACAGUGCCCACGGGGGGCAAGGCCCUAAGUGAGAAGUUCCAGGGCUCCGGUGCAGCCACUGAGACGACUGAAUCCCGCCGCCGCUCUUCCUCUGACACAACUGCCUACCCAGCAAGCACUGCUGUGGUAGGCACUCCUGGCAAUGGCACCCCCUGCUCCCAGGACACAAGCUUCUCCAGCAGCCGACAAGACACCCCAUCUUCCUUUGGCCAGUUCACCCCUCAGUCCUCCCAAGGAACCCCCUACUCUCGGGGCAGCACCCCCUACUCUCAGGACUCUGCCUACUCCAGCAGCACCACUUCAACCUCCUUCAAGCCCCGGCGGUCAGAGAACAGCUUCCAAGAUUCCUUUUCCCGCCGCCACUUCUCUGCAUCUUCGGCUCCCACGACCACCUCUACAGCCAUCUCUGCCACCACUGCAGCCACCGCCUCGUCCUCCUCCGCCUCUUCCUCUUUGUCCUCGUCCUCCUCAUCCUCCUCCUCUUCCUCAUCCUCUCAUUUUCGUGGUUCUGACUCAAACUACCCAGCAUAUUAUGAAAGCUGGAACCGCUACCAACGCCACGCUUCCUACCCACCGCGCCGGCCAACCAGAGAGGAGCCCCCCGGGGCUCCUUUUGCUGAAAAUACAGCUGAGCGCUUCCCGCCUUCCUACACCUCCUACUUGCCCCCUGAGCCGAGCAGGCCCUCUGACCAGGACUACCGGCCUCCUGCCUCAGAGGCUCCACCCCCAGAGCCUCCUGAACCUGGUGGAGGCGGGAGUGGUGGGGGACCCAGCCCAGAGAGAGAAGAAUCUCGGACCUCCCCCCGCCCAGCCUCACCUGCACGGUCCGGCUCCCCAGCCCCAGAGACCACCAACGAGAGUGUGCCCUUCGCACAACACAGCAGCCUGGAUUCCCGCAUUGAGAUGUUACUGAAGGAGCAACGCUCCAAGUUUUCUUUCCUGGCUUCUGACACAGAGGAAGAGGAAGAGAACAGCAGUGCAGGCCCUGGGACUAGAGACACAGGGAGCGAGGUGCCUUCUGGGUCAGGUCAUGGCCCUUGCACGCCCCCUCCAGCCCCAGCUAACUUUGAGGAUGUGGCACCUACAGGGAGUGGGGAGCCUGGGGCGACCAGGGAGUCUCCUAAGGCCAACGGACAGAACCAGGCUUCUCCAUGCUCUUCUGGAGAGGAUAUGGAGAUCUCCGAUGAUGACAGGGGCGGCUCACCCCCUCCGGCCCCAACACCCCAGCAGCCUCCACCACCACCCCCUCCACCCCCUCCUCCUCCUCCCUACCUUGCUUCCCUUCCCCUCGGGUAUCCUCCCCACCAACCUGCCUACCUCCUCCCACCCCGACCUGAUGGGCCACCACCCCCUGAGUACCCCCCACCUCCUCCACCACCACCCCACAUCUAUGACUUUGUGAACUCCUUAGAGCUCAUGGAUCGACUUGGGGCUCAGUGGGGUGGGAUGCCCAUGUCCUUCCAGAUGCAGACCCAGAUGUUAACUCGGCUCCACCAGCUGCGGCAGGGCAAGGGAUUGACUGCUGCGUCAGCUGGUCCCCCUGGUGGGGCCUUCGGGGAGGCCUUUCUCCCAUUUCCACCCCCUCAAGAGGCAGCCUAUGGGUUACCUUAUGCUCUGUACACACAAGGCCAAGAAGGCCGAGGGGCAUAUUCCCGGGAAACCUACCAUCUGCCUUUGCCCAUGGCAGCCGAGCCCCUGCCCUCCUCCUCAGUCUCAGGAGAAGAGACCAGGCUGCCUCCCCGGGAGGAAGCAGAGCUGGCAGAGGGCAAAGCCCUCCCAUCGGCAGGCACUGUGGGCCGUGUACUGGCCACCCUUGUCCAAGAGAUGAAGAGCAUUAUGCAGCGAGACCUCAAUCGCAAGAUGGUAGAAAAUGUGGCCUUUGGAGCUUUUGACCAGUGGUGGGAAAGCAAGGAAGAGAAGGCCAAGCCAUUCCAGAACGCAGCCAAACAGCAAGCCAAGGAAGAGGAUAAAGAGAAGACAAAGCUCAAAGAACCAGGCCUGUUGUCCCUCGUAGAUUGGGCCAAAAGCGGGGGUACCACCGGCAUUGAGGCCUUUGCCUUUGGGUCUGGGCUGCGAGGUGCCCUGCGACUGCCUUCUUUCAAGGUAAAGCGAAAAGAACCAUCAGAAAUUUCAGAGGCUAGUGAGGAGAAGAGGCCCCGGCCUUCCACUCCAGCAGAGGAAGAUGAAGACGACCCUGAACGAGAGAAGGAGACUGGAGAGCCAGGACGGCCGGGGACCAAGCCUCCAAAGCGAGAUGAAGAACGAGGGAAGACCCAGGGCAAGCACCGCAAGUCCUUUGCUCUAGACAGUGAGGGGGAGGAAGCUUCCCAGGAGUCAUCCUCAGAGAAGGAUGAAGAGGACGAUGAUGAAGAUGAGGAAGAUGAAGAGCGUGAGGAAGCCAUGAAUGCUACAAAAAAAGAGACAGCAGCAUCAGAUGGCGAGGAUGAGGAAAGCGAUUCGUCCUCCAAAUGUUCUCUGUAUGCCGACUCAGAUGGUGAAAAUGAUAGCACGUCAGACUCCGAGAGCAGCAGCUCAUCCAGCUCCUCAUCUUCCUCCUCCUCAUCGUCCUCAUCCUCAUCGUCAUCUGAGUCCUCCUCUGAAGAAGAAGAGGAGCAGCCAGCAACCAUACCCUCAGCAUCACCGCCUCCCAGAGACACCCCUGCACCCCUGCCAGCACCCGUAGAGGAGCCCACGCCAGAGAAGGCUGCAGGCUCCCCAGUCAUACCUCUCCCAGAACAGGAGAAGUCUCCAGCAAGACCUGUUGCUUCCACAGAAGAACCACCUCCCAGUGUGCCCCAGCCUCCCCCAGAGCCACCGGCUGGACCCCCAGCCUCCACCCCCCGCCCUGACGAGCGUCCUUCCUCUCCUAUUCCCCUCCUGCCACCACCCAAGAAACGCCGGAAAACUGUCUCCUUCUCUGCUAUGGAGGAGGUGCCAGCCCCAGAGCCUCCCCCAGCCAUCCCAACGCAGGUCAAGUCUCCUGGUCCGGUCUCCCGCAAAGUCCCCCGGGGUGUGGAGCGGACCAUUCGCAACCUGCCCCUGGACCAUGCAUCUCUGGUCAAGAGCUGGCCGGAAGAGUUGUCCCGAGGAGGUCGCAGCCGGACUGGAGGCCGAGGCCGCUCCACCGAGGAGGAAGAGGCUGAGCCAACAACAGAAGUGGACCUGGCGGUGCUGGCUGACUUGGCCCUGACCCCAGCCCGGCGCGGGUUGACUGCCCUGCCUACUGGUGACGACUCGGAGACCACAGAGACGUCGGACGAGGCAGACCGCCCAGGUCCCCUACUCAGCCACAUCCUCCUGGAACACAACUAUGCCCUGGCCAUCAAGCCCCCACCCUCCACGCCAGUCUCACGGCCCCUGGAGCCAGUUCCUGCCCCUGCAGCCCUCUUCAGCUCCCCAGCAGAUGAAGUCCUGGAGGCCCCUGAAGUGGUGGUGGCUGAGGCAGAGGAGCCCAAACAGCAGCAGCAGCAACAAGAAGAGGGGGAGGAGGAGGAGGAGGAGGAGGAAGAGUCAGAGUCAUCUGAGAGCAGCAGCAGCAGCAGCAGUGAUGGGGAGGGGGCCACCCGGCGGCGCAGCCUCCGCUCCCACACCCGGCGCCGGCGGCCACCCCCUCCACCCCCACCCCCACCCCCCCCUACCUUCGAGCCCCGCAGUGAGUUUGAGCAAAUGACCAUCCUGUAUGACAUUUGGAACUCGGGCCUGGACUUGGAGGACAUGAGCUACCUGCGGCUCACCUAUGAGCGGCUGCUGCAGCAAACAAGUGGGGCUGACUGGCUUAAUGACACCCACUGGGUCCAUCACACCAUCACCAACCUGAGCACUCCAAAGCGCAAGCGGCGGCCCCAGGACGGCCCCCGAGAGCACCAGACGGGCUCGGCCCGCAGCGAGGGCUAUUACCCCAUCAGCAAGAAGGAAAAGGACAGGUACCUGGAUGUGUGCCCUGUGUCAGCCCGGCAGCUGGAAGGAACCGACACUCAGGGGACUAACCGUGUGCUUUCGGAGCGCCGGUCUGAACAACGGCGGCUGCUGAGCGCCAUUGGCACCUCAGCCAUCAUGGACAGCGACCUGCUAAAGCUCAACCAGCUCAAGUUCCGGAAGAAGAAGCUCAGGUUCGGCCGGAGCCGAAUCCACGAGUGGGGUCUGUUUGCCAUGGAACCCAUCGCAGCUGAUGAGAUGGUCAUCGAAUAUGUGGGUCAGAACAUCCGCCAGAUGGUGGCUGACAUGCGGGAGAAGCGCUAUGUGCAGGAGGGCAUCGGCAGCAGCUACCUGUUCCGGGUGGACCACGACACCAUCAUUGAUGCUACCAAGUGUGGAAACCUGGCGCGGUUCAUCAACCACUGCUGCACGCCCAACUGCUAUGCCAAGGUGAUCACCAUCGAGUCCCAGAAAAAGAUCGUGAUUUACUCCAAGCAGCCCAUCGGCGUGGAUGAGGAGAUCACCUACGACUACAAGUUCCCGCUGGAGGACAACAAGAUCCCGUGUCUGUGCGGCACCGAGAGCUGCCGUGGCUCCCUCAACUGAGGUGGGGCAGGACUGGUGCCCACACCCCUAUUUAUUCCCCUUGGUGCCCUGAGCUCCCAGCCUCCCAGCCUUAGUGGGCUUAGCAGGUCCCACAUCCCCCCAUCUCAGAAUAUGGGGUAGGGGGAGCCCCCAAGCCCUAGGAGGGAGCCUCAGUCCCUUGAGGCAACUUCUGCCCCCUCUGUCCCCUUCCCCACCCACCUCAUUUUUUUCUUUGCGGAGAAGAAGCUGUAAAUGUUUUGUAGCUGCCAGCAGCUGUUUCCUGUGGAAACCUGGGGUGCCGGCCUGUACAGAUCCUGUUCUUGGGGGGGGCUGCACAGCCCCCUUGCUUUGUGUUAAUGGGGACUUCCCCUUUGUGCCCUGCGUGCACCCCUCCCCAGUUUAGGGGUCUCUAGGGGCAGUGGCCAUGUUCUCCCCCUGGGGGGGGCCCUGCGCCCCCAGUCCUAGGGACUCCGUGCCUGGAACCCUGCCUCAUCUUCUGUUCCUGCCAGACCCUGUGGGUCACCCUCUCACCCUGGUGUCUGGAAGCUCCUGCUCACCCAGGCCAGGACGGCGGGGGACGGGCCCUUCCUGUUGGGCUGGAUUGUACAUAUGUUAAUAGUGCAAACCCAACGCCACAUUUUUAUAAUUGUGAUUAAACUUUAUUGUACAAAA